AAACAAAAUUAUAUAUUUGAAAAUACCCGAGUAGAGCUGCAAAUCAGUUGGGGAGAGAGGAUUUUGCCUGCCGCCUUCCUUAUUAUUUUGCUGCUGCAAGGCUGCUUUGCAAUCCGUAGGAAAUACCGUUGCGCUGAGGAAGGAAACGGCUCCCUGCUCUUUUUUUUUUUUUUUUCUUUCCCUCUCCUUUCUUCUUGCCUGAAUUAGAAGCUCCAGGAAUGUGCUAAUUGGCAGCGGCCUCUUCAGAAAGGAAAAUGAAUCUUGUUAUGUGAGGGCACUGAGGAAACAGUCCCCAGAUACCAAGAGGAAGAAAGGCCGGUGGGAAAUACACAGGAAUGCUUGCGGAGGGAGGCCUGUUGCUGUCCCGUUCAGUGGGGCACUAGAGCCCCAGAGGUCCGCUGUGGGCACCGGGCUGCUGAACCUGGGACAUCCACUGGGAAACAUGAGAAAGCUUUGGAGUGAAGUUCAAGUUUUGAGAUACAGAAUGAAAAACUAGAGUGCACCACCACUGCCAUCAUUGAUUGAUUAAUAGAAAUUUAUGCUCCCUGCUCCCCGGUUCAGGCUUGGACAAAAAGUACUUGGAAGUGGCUAAAAAUAAAAGAUCGAGGGAUUUUAAUGGCUUUCAGGUAGAAGAAAGUGGAGACAAUCAAAAUGAAUUCUAUGGACAGGCACAUACAGCAGACCAAUGACCGGCUGCAGUGCAUAAAACAGCACUUACAGAACCCUGCAAACUUCCAUAAUGCAGCAACAGAGCUCCUGGACUGGUGCGGAGACCCCAGAGCCUUCCAGAGACCAUUUGAGCAGAGCCUGAUGGGUUGUUUGACGGUGGUUAGUCGAGUGGCAGCUCAGCAAGGAUUUGACUUGGAUCUUGGAUACAGGCUACUGGCAGUAUGUGCAGCCAACAGGGACAAAUUCACUCCAAAAUCAGCUGCGCUGCUUUCAUCGUGGUGUGAGGAGCUGGGACGGCUCUUGCUGCUUCGCCACCAGAAAAGCCGGCAGAACGAUCCUCCAGGGAAGCUACCCAUGCAACCCCCCAUGAACUCUAUGAGCUCCAUGAAACCUACCCUCUCUCAUAGUGAUGGGUCUUUCCCUUAUGAUUCUGUUCCCUGGCAGCAAAAUACCAACCAGCCUCCAGGCUCUUUAUCAGUGGUCACCACAGUAUGGGGUGUGACUAACACCUCUCAAAGCCAGGUGCUGGGAAAUCCAAUGGCAAAUGCUAACAACCCUAUGAACCCAGCAGGAAAUCCCAUGGCUUCUGGGAUGACUACCAGCAACCCUGGAAUCAACUCCCCUCAGUUUGCUGGACAGCAGCAACAAUUUUCAGCCAAGGCAGGCUCCACUCAGCCAUACAUACAGCAGGGCAUGUAUGGACGACCCAAUUAUCCUGGAAGUGGAGGCUUUGGUGGCAGUUACCCUGGAGGCCCAAAUACCCCUGCAGGAAUGGGGAUCCCCCCCCACACAAGGCCACCAGCUGAUUUCACCCAGCCAGCUGCAGCUGCUGCUGCUGCUGCAGUUGCGGCUGCAGCUGCUACAGCAACAGCUACAGCUACAGCCACUGUGGCAGCCCUUCAGGAAACGCAGAAUAAGGACAUGAACCAGUAUGGACCGGUGUGUUCCUCUUUCCAGAUGGGUCCAACUCAGGCUUACAACAACCAGUUUAUGAACCAGCCUGGUCCUCGUGGCCCUGCUUCUAUGCCAGGCAACAUGAACCCAGCAAGCAUGGGAGCAGGAAUGACGCCUUCCAGCAUGAGUGGGCCACCCAUGGGCAUGAACCAGCCUCGGCCUCCUGGAAUGAGUCCCUUCAGCACCCAUGGGCAGAGGAUGCCUCAGCAAGCCUACCCAGGCCCACGCCCCCAGUCUUUGCCUAUACAGGGCAUAAAGAGACCCUACCCAGGAGAGCCAAAUUAUGGAAACCAGCAAUAUGGACCAAAUAGCCAGUUUCCAAACCAGCCUGGUCAGUACCCCACUCCCAACCCUCCAAGACCCCUUACGUCUCCCAACUAUCCUGGACAGAGGAUGCCAAGCCAGCAAAACACAGGGCAGUACCCUCCUCCAACGGUCAACAUGGGGCAGUAUUACAAGCCAUCAAGGCCUGUACCUGUGGCAAAUUACCCUCAUUCACCUGUUCCAGGAAACCCCACGCCACCUAUGACUCCAGGGAGCAAUAUUCCUCCAUACCUGUCACCUAACCAGGAUGUCAAGCCACCAUUCCCACCUGACAUUAAACCAAAUAUCAAUGCUUUACCACCACCUCCAAAUGCUAAAGGGAAAGUUCACGCUUUCUCUCCCUCUUCGAUCCCAGCCAACCACAAUGAUGAGCUGCGUCUGACGUUUCCCGUGAGAGAUGGUGUUGUACUGGAGCCCUUCCGGCUGGAACACAACCUGGCAGUCAGUAACCAUGUCUUUCACUUACGGCCAACUGUUCAUCAGACGCUGAUGUGGAGGUCUGACUUGGAAUUACAGUUCAAGUGCUAUCACCAUGAAGACAGACAAAUGAACACAAACUGGCCAGCUUCAGUCCAGGUCAGCGUUAAUGCAACCCCACUUACCAUUGAACGUGGUGACAACAAGACAUCUCAUAAACCUCUGCACCUAAAGCACGUCUGCCAGCCAGGAAGAAACACGAUUCAAAUUACAGUCACAGCAUGUUGUUGUUCACACUUGUUCGUGUUGCAGUUAGUACACCGGCCAUCAGUUCGCUCCGUACUUCAAGGUCUACUAAAGAAACGCCUCCUCCCAGCAGAACAUUGUAUCACUAAGAUAAAGAGGAACUUCAGUAGCGUAGCGGCUUCCUCUGGCAAUGCGACACUAAACGGGGAAGAUGGAGUAGAGCAAACUGCUAUUAAAGUGUCUCUGAAGUGUCCGAUCACAUUCCGGCGGAUUCAGCUUCCAGCAAGGGGUCACGACUGCAAGCAUGUACAGUGCUUUGAUCUGGAAUCUUACUUGCAACUGAACUGCGAAAGAGGAACUUGGAGGUGUCCGGUAUGCAAUAAAACCGCUCUGCUAGAGGGCUUGGAGGUUGACCAGUACAUGUGGGGUAUUCUGAACGCUAUACAAAACUCAGAGUUUGAAGAAGUUACCAUUGAUCCAACUUGCAGUUGGAGGCCAGUCCCUAUAAAGUCAGAUAUUCACAUCAAAGAUGACCCAGAUGGCAUUCCCUCAAAGAGAUUUAAGACCAUGAGUCCAAGCCAGAUGAUCAUGCCAAAUGUGAUGGAGAUGAUUGCAGCUCUGGGUCCUGGCCCGUCACCUUACCCAUCCCUACCCCCUCCUCCAGGAGGCAACAGCUCCACUGAAUAUGGUAACCAAGGCAACAGUUAUCAAGGUCAUGGCAAUUUUGACUUCCCACAUGGGAACCCCGGUGGCACGUCUAUGAAUGACUUCAUGCAUGGGCCACAGCUGUCACAUCCCCCAGACAUGCCGAGCAGCAUGGCAGCUCUUGACAAACCUCUCAGUCACCCCAUGCAGGAAUCUAUCCCUCAUCCCGGCAGCACUGAUCAGUCCCAUACUUCCAUGCAGCAAGGUUUGCACGUCCCUCACCCCAGCAGCCAGUCAGGGCAGCCAUUACAUCACAGCGGGCCUCCUACCCAGCAGUCCCGGCAGCCGCCCCCGGCCGCUUCUAGCAACCAUCCACACAGUGACCUGACCUUUAAUCCCUCCUCAGCCUUAGAGGGUCAGGCUGGUGGACAGGGAGCACCCGACAUGCCGGAGCCCUCGCUGGAUCUGCUUCCAGAACUCACAAAUCCAGAUGAGCUGCUUUCAUACCUGGAUCCUCCUGAUUUGCCAAGCAAUAGCAAUGAUGACCUUCUGUCUCUCUUUGAGAACAACUGAAACCAUAUGUAUUCUCCCUUCCCUUUCACUUGUUCACACGUGUGUGGCUGCACAGCAAGGAAUCUUAACACUCCUUUUCCACAAGAGAAGAAAAAAAACUCACAACUUGAUCCAAUGGUGCACUCCCUGCUUUCUUCAUCUCAGAACUGCUUUUGUCAGCUUCAAAGACUGCGAAAGUGACGGGAGAAAAAAAAAAAAAAAAAAAAAGCAGUAAUCUCCGAGUCUGCUGUGCUACACGUGACAAAGAAGCAUAGACAGUUGUGCAGCUAUUGGAAACCCCAUUUGUUGUUCAUCCUCUAGAGAGAGAGUUCUGUGAUAAACAUAGUGUGAAGUAUCUUGGCAAAAAUGAAUCUUGGCAAGGGAAGAAAAGGCAACAAAAUGGAACUGUCUUUAAUUGACCCAUCUCAGAGUGUCCUUCCAACGCAUGUUCUUCCAUUUUUUUGAAACUGUAUCUCCCUCCACCCCACCUCCCCUCUGCCCCCCUCCAACCACAGGUUUGCGUUGGAGCGAUUGUCCUGGCCACACACAAAAAGAAAAACAAAAUCACGUACAAAGCUCAAAAAAGCACAAAUCCUACAGUGAAGUGGCAAAGAUAGGGAAGACCUACAGGCCCGUCAGAGGGAGCCAGCAGUUUAGCUAAUGCGACUUCAGUAACGGAGUCCUGAGAAUCUCCAGGCUGUAGCCAUGGGUGUUGGUAUUUCUGCGAGUGCAGGAAUCUUAACCACCUCUUUGCAGAGGAUUCCUCUGGCCGAACACACAGAUUGGAAACACCCAGGAAAAAUAAUAAUAAAAGUUUGCCAUGUUUAGGGAUUUUUUUGUGGUUUUGGUUUCAAAUCAGUACCGUUUGUGGCUGCAUUAACAUCCAGCUGUUGAGGUUGCUGCAAUAGAUCUUUUUGCCAUGUACGCCAUACGGAAUGGAAAAGAGAGGGAGGGGGGAUGCAAACCAAACUGUUCCUGAUUAUUACCUACAGCCUUCGGUGCCCCGAGCGUUUGUGUCACUGUCUGUACUGCACAAUACAUACAUAGUAAGACAAGCUGGGUUGAAGGCAGCCAGGAAGUCAUUGCAGGAUGGAGGGAGAGUAACAUCACUGUCUGCAUAAUUAUUUUUAAUAAUCAGCUUGAGAAGGGGCAUUGACAUUGGACAGACAUCUUGCAACAUCAUUUUUGUUUUGCUUUGCGUUCCGUUUUUGUGACUGUUACAGAUAAUUCAGCCUUUUUCUUUUCUCCUCCUUCAGUUUCUUUUUUUAAACUUUGGCUGCCAGGAUGAGCUCUUUCUCCUGAAGGACUGGGCAUGGGGAGAAUAAGUAACUGUUGGUAGAUUGCUACUGCCCUCAAGAGACCCUGCUGCCACAAUCACUGUCUUGCCCCUGUGAUCUGUGCUUCUGGUGUGGUUGCUGCUCCUGCAUGAGCUUCCUAUUGCUUCUGUGCCCAUUUCUGUGCUCUUCGUCUCUCUCUCUCUCUCUUUCUCUUUCUUAUAAAUGAUGUACAGUAGCUGUGUAAGAAGUGCAUGUGUGCCAACUUUGCCCUUGUGGUGCAACAUUUCAGCUUUUGCCCACUGUACAGUUAUUGGUUUCGUUUCUUUUUGUUACUAAAGCAAAUUUGACCCUACUCCUUUUCCUCAUCCCAAAUCCAAUCAAACACCCUUCGUUUGCUCGCCACAAUACGUUUUAAACUGAAGUGCCAGGCAAAAUUUUGUUUGUUCCUGUCGGUUUGACUAGAUAGCUUCCUAGCCCUCUGUGUUUAGUUUGCAAUGCUGUAAAUGGCAUGCUCUGUGCUUACGACUCUGGAUUUGCUUUCCUCACCAAAGUCAUAUUUGUAAAUUCUUUGCGGUUUUUGUUUUAUUUUGCUCUUUUUGUUAACGUUUCCCACUACUGCUGUACAUGCGUCAUGAUAUAUAUAUGCUAGUCAGCAGCACCUUGCUGUAGAUAUUAAAGGAAAUGGCAGUUUAGUUCUUUUAUUUUCCAGUAGGAGUAUUGAAUCUGUCAAACAUAUUAUGUAGAGAUGGUCCCACACUUAUAUUUUUCCUGUUUCAAGUUUUUUUAAGAAAGGCGCUGUUCAUUAUGCAAAAUCAAUUAUUUUAAGAAUUGCUAUUGUAAAUAUAUUUGUGAAUAUUUUAGUAUUGUCUUUGAUAAUAUUCAACAUUUUCAUGAUCUGGUUAUACUUUUGCUGGUGUUUUUAAAUACCUUGUCUGAAGAUAAAUAUGGGUCCUUUUUUAAAAAAGAAAAUUGAGGGUUCUUUAACAGAAUAAGGGAGUUGUGUUUUUUUCUUUUUUUCCCCCUGUUUUAUUUUGAUGAAUUAGCCCAAAUUUCAUAUCCAUUUGUGUGAUGAAUGAAUUGAUACAUCAGGCAGUACCUGGACAAUCAGGGCCCAGCUCUGUCGUGGAAACAUAAUAAUAAGUGAUUGCCUAGGGAAAAAAAAAAAAACAACUAACCGACCGAUAUUGAUGGACUGUGGGUGACUGUGGGCUGGUCAUGGCAGAGAUUUUGUUCGUUUGCCGAAGUGAGCGGAACACCUAGGACCAGCUGUCCGAACAGGUAAAGAUGCACUAAGGCAAGCAGCAAGUAUGUAAGGUACCAUAUUUAUAUCACUAUACUGGUGCUCCAGUCUCUGAAACUGGGGCAUGGUAACACUUAGGGAUGUUGGUGGGUGGGGGAGGGAAACAGUAUAGUAUAUUUUAUUCUGCUUAGAAGUGUCUUUUUUCUUAUGUAGGCUUGACAACCUGUAGAGGAUCUCUGCAGAAUAUUAAUGAUACCUUGGUGUAAUACAUGGUAAUAUGGUUGUGGUGUGGUGCUGCUAUCACACAAUUCCUAGGAAGACCGUUCUUCAGUUACAGAUGUGUUUUGUAGCCAUUUUACUGUAGUCGUUUCCCCCUGUAUUUCUGCUGCGUUGUUUAUAUAGGUAUUGAAGUCAUUUGCAGGGGUGGCUAAUGAUAAACUGACUUUAUGCCCUUAGAGUUUGGGGUUUUUGUUUGGGGGGUAUGUUUCUUAAGCCAUAGGUUUGGGAAUAAAGAUGAUUUCUCUCUAUUGGUUGGAACUGGUUGCUCAGGUGUUUUUUGAUUGAUUCUAUUUAAUGUUCCACCCUCCAUUGAUUCCUGAGCAGCAAAGUUAAGUCACCUGAAAUUAUUUUUCUCUUAAACACAACAUUGGUAUUUUAAACCAGGUAUGUUAAGGAUUGACCUUUUGCUAACUGGUAGUAUUUAAAAUGUAUCAUUUAAAAGUACCUGUUGGAAAGCAUAAAGGGGAAAAAAAACCACCCCACUAUAGAUAUUAGCAAUACGUUUGGAGCAGUGUUUGCAUCUGCUUUGUACAGUAAUAGAGAAUUAAAGUGGACGGUUGAUAUUUUUAAGCUUACAGAAACGUUUGGUUUCUAAGCAGAACUUAAGAAAAUACGUUUUUUACCCAUCACCCAAAUGUUGGACAUUUAAGACAGUUUUAAAACUUAUCUGUCAGCUAAAAUCAGGUACUGUAUAGUGGAGUCAGUAUGAAAAAGCUUCUAAAUGAAAAUUUAGUUAUUUUUUUAUCUGUUCACUGCCGUAUUAAAGUUUAGAGAAAAAAACCUAGCAAAUAGGGUAAUCACAGUCAUUUCUUUUAAAGCUUAAUUAUUAUAUGAAAUUCCAGUAGUAUUUUUAUUCUUCUUUUUUUUUGUUUGUUUACUUUUUAAUUGUUUCCCUAUGGAAGUUCAUCUGGGAAAGAACCCACAGAGAUCUACAGUUCUGCUGCCAAGACAUUAUUAUAGGACUGACAGAUACACGCCAAUGUCUGCAGUGGAGACUCAAGGGACAGCUGUACAUAUGUAAAUGACAAAUAGAGACAUGUUAACAGAAAUGCAUUCAUUUUCCUUGGAAUGUGCAUUGUUUUUAUUUCACAGGAAAAAAAAAAGCUUGAAGCUCCAUCUUAUGUGGAAAAUGAAUCCUGUUUGUUAGCGUUUGUGGAGUCUCAGCAUUUGUUUCACUUUCACUUCUGUAAUAUACUCUGAUCCUUUGUUUUGUUUUGUUUUAUCUACAUGUAAUAUUUAGCUUACGUGUACUAGUCUAUCACCUGUGUAUUUUUAGGGUGCUACAGAAAUAAUGAAGAAAAAUAAGGGGAUUAAAAAAAAUUGUAACCAAAUUCAUACUUUGUACAAUUUUUGAUAUCACGAUCAGAGAAGAAUUAAAAAAAAAGUACAAUCUGAAGUAACAUGCAAAAAUGGCCAUUGUCUUUGUUUGUACAUUGUAUGUACAGUACAAUGCAAUCAUUUCAUACUUUAAACUGGUCAGAAAAAAUAAUUGUGAUUUUUAGUCUUGCAAAACUGUAUGUAGUUAGAUGAUGUGACAACCUAAUAUUUAUCUAAUAAAUAUGUAUUCAGAUGAAACCUGUA